UCGAACUAAAAAUAUAUCGUACCGGUAACUAUAGUCAAUUAAAUAUGUGAAAGAUCCUUGGAAAGAGUAAACCAAAAAAGGAACCAUAAUUUGUGAUAAAUGACCGGUCUAUUUUUAUACAUGUUAACUGUCCUAAUAAGACAAAAAAAAAAUGAAAAGAACAUUUAUUUCUGAUGUCAUGUAAUAAAACACUAUUAAAUUAUUUUGAGUUAUAGAAUGAAAAGGACACUAAAAUAAAAUUCCAAGAAACCGAUUUAUGUGCUGAUUCUUCGAAAAUAUUUAAUUUCAUUGGAGCCAAGGAUAAUUGUAAGACAUUUUGGUGAAAUACAUACAUGUGAAAGUACUUUGAAAUAUUCCAGUCAAACAAGAAAUAUGUAAACUUUAUAUUUCUACAUGAAAUAAGAGCAACUGAAUUUUCAGGCUAGUGUCAUUUUUGAAAAAAGUACAUUCGUUAAGUUUGCAAUGAAAAGAAUUUGAACAUGCUUUACCGAAUGGAAAUCGUUGUUAAGCCAUUCAUAACACUAAUACAUGUAUAGGAAAUGGAGUUUGAAGUUCAAGAAAUGGUUAACCAUUGAUAUAAUCAUCUCAAAGUCUUUACGACGUCAUUUACACACUGCUGAAUUAAUUAUUUAGCAAAUACCAUUUUAAAUAAAUUAAUUUUCCUCUGUUCCUUGAGUUUAAAUGUAAAUAAUAUUUAUUUCUCUCUUUCUAGUAGGUAAAAGUAGAGAAACGAAUGUUCAGAACUGAGGAAACACAGUUAAUAACUAUAGACUCUAUAAAAGUAAAUGAAAUUCGCCAUUUUCUGCGAUUCCUUGAAAACAAAAUGACUGCUUAUUGUUUUAUAAAAUAUUAAAAUGUGCAUAACUUCCUCAUGUUUAUACUGAUUUUGCGAAUUCUUUCACUGCCUAUAACGAUUUAAAAAGGCCUAGCAGACAGAAUGCACGUUAGAACAACGUUGUCGCGACUAUGGCUCUUAGUUUGGGAUUUUUGUAGUAACGGAUAUUUGAAAGCGUUCAUGUACGUUUUACCGGAAAUAAAAAUGUUAAAAAUGUGCUUUAUAGCUUGUUGUAUUAUAAAUAUUAUAUCACUGUAUUAUUUUUGAGAAUUGAGAAAGACAGUGGUUUAUUAUAGAAUGCCGCAUUUCCUGUGAGUACAUUAAUUAUACAAUGCAAAACGAGAAUUUUGACCUAUUGUAAUAAAAGAAUCCAAAUGAUAAUACAUGCACUAUAAUAUAAUUGGAGGAAAAAAAACUUUGUAAACAACAUCAUUUUGCAGUAACACCGCCGUUGAAAUCUCACUGAUAAAAUUUCACGUAACCUAUCAGUAUGUAUAAUUCAUGAAAAUAUUUAAUUUCAUUGGAGUCAAAGAUAAUUGUGCGACACUCGUUUAUGAUAAGAUUCAUACAUCUAAAUUUCUUUCGAGACAUUCCUGUCAAAAUAGAAAUAUUUAAGCGCAAAUUAACCGUUUGAAAUGAUACAUUUUAAAUACGCCUGCGCAUUUCUUUCUCCGUGGAAUGGGAGCAAUUAAAAUAACAGACUUCUUAAGGGUCACAACUGUCAUUUUUCAAACUGUAAAUAAAUUGAAAUUAUAAACAAGUACCUUGCAAUGUGUCUAAACACUGCCUUGAAACAUCAAAAUAUCAGAUCUGUUAAGAUCAUAUAUACGUCAUCGGAAUAUUAAACUUUUGAUUAAAAAACUUCAUUUAGAUAACUAAUAAACAUGGGUCUUGGAAUGUAUUCAGAAUGCAUGAUUUUCGUGGGAAAUGCAAUCGAAUACAACGGACGAGUGUUUGAGCGUUUUGAGACUGAAAUAAAAUCACACGCACCCCGAGUGAAAUAAUAUUUAAUAUAAAAAACGGCAUAAUUGAUAACUGUAAAAUAAGGUUUUACGAUAAGUGAUAUUGUUUAGUGCCGUGUUGAUUUACUUAUAGAUAAGUUGCUUGUUAAUGAUGUGUGAUUGCAACAGUGACUUUAUCAAUAUCGGGUUUCAAAGAUGUCGUCUGCUAUUCAUCGCCGACGAGCUUCCAGCAUCGUUUCUGCGUCAGAUUUAUCGGUUGCCGGCAGCCUUAAUGAAUCUUGUUUGAUAAUCGAAAGACCGAGAUCCUCCGAAGAAACACAACGUGAAAAAUAUCGAUAUCAGAGCGAUAUGUCAGUCGAUUCGUUCAGUUUAACAGACGAUGACAAUGAAAAUUGUGAAAACAGGGACGAAAAUGAUGACAACGUCUUUCUUGACUCUGAAUAUAAUCAAGCAAAUUUUAUUUGUUUGGACAGAAUACCAAAUCACGUGUUUCCGUCACCACGUGCCACGGUGACGUCAGUGUCGUCUGAUGCACAUACUGAUUUACCGCUCGAUUUGCGAAACAAGAUUUGUAGACGAGUGGACCCUGGCACUCACCGUAGAGUCAGCAACCGAAGAAAUUACACAAACACAAGGGAAAGAUGGCGCCAACAGAAUGUCAACACGGCAUUUACGGAAUUAAGACGUCUGCUUCCAACGCACCCGCCGGAUAAGAAAUUAAGCAAAAGUGAAAUUUUACGUUUUGCCAUAAGAUACAUUAGACUUCUUUCAAACGUUGUGGCAUUUCAAGAAAAAGACUGCAUUUCUGACGGAUGUGAGACAGAAAAAGUUCAAAACGAUGACACUUGCUAUAGAAAUCGUGGACAUGAUAUUAUGCGAAUGGAAAAUGUAAGGAUUAGGUCUAAUAUGUCAUCGGACAUGAGUUCUUCGCCGGAAUGUUACGGAGAAAGCUUCGGCGACGAAGACUGAAGAUUACACACCCGUCUCUUUCGCAUUGGCUAUUAUACAAAAGCAGUUAUCGUCUAGUAUAUUCUUUGCAUUUUGCCGAUAGUGAUCUGCAUUUUCGGAUGGACGGAUUAGCUAAAGAAGUAAUGUGUUAUAUAUAAAUAGUAUUCUUUUCCAAAGAUUGUGUUGACGGCUUGUGAUCAUAUACAACAUGUAUCAACAUUUGUUUUCUUUCGCCGAACAUUGUUCUCGGUGGGGAGAAUUUCUUUACUUAUUUAUGCAGUUUAAGUCUUUGUACCAAAAAUAUUAAUUAAUGAUUCACUUUAGCAACGUUAUUUGAUAUUCACCACCAUGGUUAUGUAUACCUCUUUGCACAAAUUGUUAUUUAUUUUUACAGUAAAUAAGCUGCUUAUUGCAAACGCAUAUUAGCAAAUAAACCACAUUCUGAAA